AUCCGUGACAAACAAAAAGUACUUGUGGUUGGAGCCUCUGGUUUGACCGGCGUCCAUCAAAGGCGGGCAAACUUCGUCCCAAAGCCGCGUCUAAAUUAAGAACUUUCUUCUCUUUACUUUUCCUACCCAUUUUUUGGCAUUAUAAAUUCUCCUACGAUCUCCCAUCGAUUCCCAUCAUCGACUCCUUUCAGUUUACAGCGGAAGAAAAAGAGGAAACACAGGGAUGGCCGCCGCCGGGAAGAUCGCUCUUGUUCUGGGCUUCGCCCUUUUCGUGUUUCUUCUUCAAAACGCCGCCGCUCAGACGGUUCACAUCGUCGGCGACGCCACCGGCUGGGCCGCCCCCCAAAACGGCGCCGAUUUCUACGCCAAGUGGGCCGCUGGAAAAAAGUUCGUUGUCGGUGAUUCUCUUGUGUUCAAUUUUACGGGUGAUGACAACGAUGUUGCGCAAGUAACGAAAGUUUCGUUCGAUUCGUGUAGUGAUGAUGAUGAGAUUGGGGACGACUUUGACCACAGCCCUGCAACUAUUGUUCUCAAGUCUCCCGGCGAGCAUUACUUUAUUUGUACUAACGAUCGGCGUUGCGUCCUCGGCCAGAAAAUGGCGAUCAAUGUCUCCGCCGCCUCCGGACCCGCCGCCCCUAAACCCGCCGGUCCGCCCUCUGCUACGCCGGUUCCCGGGAAAACCCCGGUGACCCAUGUCGUCGGAGAUGCUGCAGGCUGGGCUAUUCCAAAGGGCGGUGCCGCUUUCUACGCCACCUGGGCUGCUGGAAAGACCUUUACCGUUGGCGAUUCUCUCGUGUUCAACUUCGCAACCAACGCACACGAUGUCGUGAGGGUACCAAAAGCAUCGUUCGAUGCGUGUAGCGACGACGACGAGAUCGGCAGAGACAUUGAAAUCAGCCCUGCAACCGUCCUCCUCUCCAUCCCCGGCGAGUAUUACUUCAUCAGCUCCAAGGAUGGGCAGUGCCAGCAAGGGAUGAAAUUAGCUAUCAAUGUCACCGGCGCCGCCGCAUCUGGGCCGGCGGCUCCCCCUACCACCACUCGUCCAGCACCACCGGUGAGCCAUAUCGUCGGUGACGCCACAGGUUGGUCCGUCCCACAAGGCGAUCCAGCUUUCUACGCCAAGUGGGCCGCCGGAAAGACAUUCGCCGUCGGGGAUUCUCUGGUGUUCAAUUUCAGAACCGAUGUGCACGACGUGGAAAGAGUACCAAAAGCAUCCUUCGAUGUAUGUAGCGAUGACAACGAGAUCGGCGAGAGCCUCGAAAUCGGGCCGGCGACGGUGUUCCUCUCGACUCCCGGCGAGUAUUACUUCAUCUGCACUAAGGAUGGGCACUGCCUGGGAGGCCAGAAAUUAGCAAUCAAUGUCACCGCCACAAGGUCCACCUCCGCCGCUAACUCCCCCGGCGGCUCACCGUCCACCGGCGCCGGAGGCCCACAAACCGCUUCUCCACCGGGCUCCUCCGCGAACGCCGUCGCCGCCGCUCUCUCCGUCACAUUGCUCGGCGUCGUUAUGAGCCUAUUCUAGAAACACUGCGACUUCUGUAGCGUAGCUGAUUUCUUUUUUAUUUUUUAUUUUUCUCUUUUGUUGCUUUUUGAUUAUUUGGCUGUCGCAGCCACUGUUGUGUGUCCACCUGUCAUCUUGUAUUUUGUCAUUUCAUUAUUUUCAUAUAUAUAAAUAAAUGACAUUACUUUACUUAUUACUA